UGCUGCUCUGUCCAUGGUUCUGAAAUGGCUUUGCACGUCUCUCGUCGAGUUGUUAAACUCCCAAUUUUAUAGAAACAGCCUUUCGGUUUUCCCUCUGAUGCUGAAUAAUGUAUUUCGAGUGACAUUUGCUCACAACGUCCCCGGGUAAGCAAUCGGGCAGCAGCAUGAAUCCUUCAUCAAAGCCCACAAAGGUCAAGUCAUAUUGAUCGAAAACUCGCUCCAUGUCGUCGGAAUCAAACUUUCAAAGUCGGGUUCAGGUUGUGCAUUUUCAGGACAGAACUCAUUCUGAAGUUUGCAAAAUGACGCAUUGUGCAAUCUCAUACAAUCACAUGUGCACAGGAAUGUAUCAGAUUUAACUAAAUGCAACGACAGAGGCUGGUCGUUGACAUGAUGUCGCUGAUUCCGCGCUGGGUGGAACGCGCAGAGGAGGUGGGGGCUUGUUUGGAGAGGCAGGGCCCCUUCUCUCUCAGCGGCAUAGCAACCCCGACACAAGCCGGUGGAGACGUUGGACUUGGACAGUAGAAGAAGAAAGUGUCCCUCAAUAGUCCCCGCGGGGGAAUGGUCCUCUGCACUCAGAGGGAGCAGCGUGCUGCCGUAAAGGCGUCAGGGAGCAGUUCGGCUGCAGGUGCCUUGCUCAGGGACACUCCGACGCAGGACAUGGAGCAGCCGCGGCCGUACGCUCGUGAGCCAAAUGCCCAAUCAACAGUCUGGGGAAAAAAUCGAUCAUGAUCUGCCGGAACAACAAUUCCAUUGUAUUGCGCAUGACUUUUCAGCCGUAAAGCAACGGGUCGCCGAUUCCUCCCCUCGGAACACCAUGCCACAGGUGCCGAGCAGUAGCUGCAUCGCCGCGACCACCGCAGCAUAAUGGCAUGCAAGAGCGGCUCCUGCUGCGGCUGCGGUCCUGUCAACGAGGACAACGCGAGGUUCCUGCUGCUGGCUCUGUUCAUCAUCAUCUACCUCCUGUGUGGAGCCGCCGUCUUCUCCGCGCUGGAGCAGCCGAAGGAGCGCGAGGCGAAGGAGCGCUGGGCGCAGAGGUUCGACCAUUUCAGUCAGAGGCACAACCUGAGCAAGAAAGACCUGAAGAACUUCCUGAGGAACUACGAGGAGGCGAACCUGGCGGGGAUCCGUGUGGAUACGGUCCGACCUCGAUGGGACUUCACCGGCGCGUUUUACUUCGUGGGAACGGUGGUGUCGACCAUUGGGUUUGGGAUGACCACUCCUGCCACCAUUGGAGGAAAGGUCUUCCUGAUGGUCUACGGCCUACUCGGCUGUGCAGCCACCAUACUCUUCUUCAACCUCUUCCUUGAGCGGGUCAUUACCGUAAUCGCCGUGGUCCUAAAGUCGUGUCACCAACGACGUCAUAACAAAGCUGUGCUGCCUCCAAAUGGCCACCAGGUCUCCAGGGAAAACGGAGCAGGCGGAGCUGGGGGAGGUGGAGGAGUGCAAGGACAGGAUCUGGCUGGCUGGAAGCCUUCGGUCUACUGCGUCAUGCUCAUUCUUGGAGCGGCAGCCAUCUUGGUGUCCUGCUGUGCCUCGUUCAUGUACACGGCAGCAGAGGGAUGGGGCUAUCUGGACUCGCUCUACUUCUGCUUUGUAGCCUUCAGCACCAUUGGUUUUGGAGACAUGGUGAGCAGCCAACGGGUUGUCUACGAGGGUCACGCCAUGGUCGCGUACCGGCUGGGCAACUUCUUCUUCAUCCUGACCGGGGUCUGCUGUAUCUACUCCCUCUUCAACGUCAUCUCCAUUGUCAUCAAGCAGGUCCUAAACUGGCUGCUAAUGAGGCUGGAGGCCCCCUGCCGCUGCUGUUUGCCCAGUAGGGGCCACCACCCCCACCGGCGAACCCGGCGGAACGUGGUGGCCCCGGGGCACCUCCGCGCCCGCAGGGACCUCUCCAUCGAGACCGACGCCAUCAACGACAGCGAGACUGACACCGGGCGCAGGAUGUCUGGGGAGAUGAUCUCCAUGAGGGACUUCCUGGCAGCCAACAAGGUGAAUCUGGCAAUUAUGCAGAAGCAGCUUUCGGAGAUGGCCAUCGGACACCCGCGACAGUCCGCCUCCGGUUCGCGCCAGAACGGGUUCUCGGGAGGGGUCGGCGCCCUGGGCAUCAUGAACAACCGGCUGGCCGAGACCAGCGUCGACAGAUCGGAGAACCGCCUGAAUCCUUUUUAAAGGUUACAAAAACAUGACGGGAUGAGACACGUAGGGACAAGUUGACCCUGCGGACUAAUGCCCUGGAAAACAGGAGACGGGCGCUGUGCAAGACUGAACUCGUUGCUGAUUCAUCUCAUCAUUUUACAAGCAAGCUGACCUCCGGCAGACACCCACUUCCUUGUCAAGAACACGGCUCCAUGAAAGAUGCAUGACGGUUUGCUGGAGUCUCACAUCUGGACGAGGCUCAGCGUGCCGGGAUGUCCUCCCGUGAGGAAGUCAGUUUCCAUGGUAAUAUAAUAAGCCUGCCUUGAGCCCUUGUAUCUCUGCCUAAAAGAUAUCACGCGCUACAUGCUUCUUCACACCCCAACGUUCCCUCGUUCAUUUUACCUGACAAUCCUCACCGGUAGCUUCCUGUAAAAAAAAGACAUAAAAAGAGCUUUACUUGAAUGCAGAACACCUUAUUUUUUCUAAUUAUUAAAGUUCAAAUGGAAAAAUAUGAAUAGAUCAACGGCACCUGUGACUCAGACAGACAUUAUUCCCAUCCACGUGAUUUAACAUUCGAUAGGCUCCGUGCUUCCAUUCAUUAUCAGGGCAAAAGGAAAACCUCAUAAGGACCAAGCAGAGGUAUCUGUGGCUGAAUUGUGCCUCUGAAAUGACACCUGUUAUGUGAGAAGUGAGAAGGUGAGAGUUAACUCUGGCCUUUGCUGAACAUUAUCCAAGCAUGGACACAGACACGAGGACAGUUUCACUCCCUGGUGUUGCUCAGGCUUCUUAUUUGAUUUGAGCUCAGCGUGCAUUGGUCUGUCUUUCACCUGUAGUCUUGAUUUACUGCAAGUGCAGUGCACAAAGGGACAAAAAAUGAAGGUGCAUUGCCCAUAAAUCCCAGUGGAGGGAUUCGCUUUGAUGGAACCUGCCAGCGGCCAAGCAGGAGGACAGCUCGUGGACACUGAUUUGGUGAAAUGCUCUUUAUUCUCACUGUAAAUGUAUCUGUUGAGAGUCCUGCAGGCUCACCAGCUCAGCUUUAGGCCGUCUGGCUUCUUGGGUCUGAUGUCCACAGAACAACGGAAAGAAUGUGCUAUACUCUGCGUGUUCAGGGUUCCCAUGGGGUCUUUUUUUUCCAGGUUGAUUUCCAAUAGUUGUUAGAAUACUACAUGUUGCUAAAUCCUUUUCAGUUCACAACACAAACUGAGAAGAAGGAAGUGUGAUUCAGAAAGCAUGCGGCAUUAAUGAAACAUAUGCAGAAUGUGUUUGUAUCAAGAGAAAGAAACACAAUGUGAGGAAGUUUGCAUUUCAGCCACGAGUCUCUUCGCCGGAUAUCUUACAGGCUGUGUAGUCAUGAAGAGGAAUCUAAUACACGGUUGCUGUUUCUUCAACAUAGUCUGUAAACAAAGUCAGCCAGAAAUAGAAUCCAUGCUCAUUGCUGGAGUCCAAUAUUUUAGACUAAUAACUUGAAGGAGCCUCCACUCUUUGUCAUGGAAACAAUCUCCCCUUCAUACAAACUGCAGAGAUGUUGCUUUGCCAUGCAAAUGCAGUCUGCCCACACAUAAACACACACAAAACCACACACUCAGGCACGCACGCAAGAAAUAAAGAGAAUGUGACUGAGGCGCCGUCGCCACACAGAUAGCUUUGAAUAAACGCCUGUUUGUUGGAGACCAUUUGAAACACACUCUAAUGGAACGGCCAUGUGGGAUUUGACGGUGCGGUUUUAUUCUGCUGUGCUGCAGAGGAGGUCUCAUUGUUGCACCGCCAUUCGUGGCUCAUCAGUAAUACACUUCAUUGGUUUUAUUAUCAUGUUCACAAAAUAUGUGUAAACACUAUAGUACGGAUUGUAGUUCUGAGAAUAAAUGAAAGGGUGCAUAGUUUCCUUACUCAUUGCUCCCAUUUGUAAUAUGCAGUUAUGGCCUGUUCAGGUCAGUGGCUCUGCACAUACGGACAAGUCUGACCAAUCAGAUAAUCAUCGUGCUGACUAAUUUAGGAUUGGUGGAAUGUUAUGUGUAUUAUUAUUAUUGAUCAUGUGCACGAGUAUUACGGAGAGGGUUGGGGAGAGGGGGGGGAAGACUCAAACCAGUUAAAUAGUGAAAUCCAGGUGCUUAAUCCAAAAAUAUAUUGAAGGAAAUAGGAUAAUAAUUGCAGCAGCUUUAGUCCAUCCCCAUGUCGAGCACCCGUGUGUGAGACAUUGUGCAGUACUGAGGAUGCUAUUGUAAGUCAUACAAUAAACUCUACUCUUUGGUUAGUGUUAAAGUGUUUUUCUUUUAAUUGUUUUAAUUGUCUUACUCUGCUUAACUUAACGGCAUACAAUAAAUUCCACAAAGUCUUAAUAAAACACAGAAAUCAACUGACGCGCUUCUUGACCUGCUCCAUAGAUGGCUUACUAUAUCAUUUCAAUUUCACUAUGACAACAAAUGAAAAGCAAUAUCAAUUCAAACGAGUCUAAUAAAGUAAAGAGAAAACAA